CUUAAAUCAAAACUAAAAAUGGACACUUUAAAAAUAAUUUUAUUUAUUUUGUUCGUUGUUCAAUAUUGCGAUUCCGCCAAUAUUCUUUAUGUGGUCCCUUUUACUUCGAAGUCUCACUAUAUCAUGUUAAAACCUAUUGGGUUGGAGCUGGCCCGAAGAGGACAUAAUGUGACAGUGAUUACUGGCCAUCGGGUUGAGAAGCCACCACCAAAUUACCACCAGUACAUGGUGGAUGAAAAGGAAAUAUGGGAUGUUAUUGGAGGAAGUCGACCAAACGUAUUCAAAAUGGUCGAGAUAUCGGCAGAAAAGUUCCACGAAGACGUACUAUGGAAAGGAGGUCUCGCGUUUACCGAACUCACUCUAAACUCGACACAGAUCAAAAGACUGUUACACGAAGACACCAAAUUCGACUUAGUGAUAAGCGAACAGUUCUUUCAAGAAGCAUUGUACACACUAGCUCAUAAAUACAAUGCUCCUUUGGUAUUAGUUACAACAUUUGGUAACUGCAUGCGCCAUAACAUAGUAGCGAGAAAUCCUUUGCAAUUAGCUACAGUCAUCUCAGAAUUUUUGGACGUCAGAGACCCGACGUCGUUCCGAGCUAGAAUGAGGAAUUGGUACUUCACAAUGUACGAAUACGUUUACUGGAGAUUCUGGUAUUUGGAGGAACAGGAGAAGCUUGUAAGAAAGUAUCUUCCGGACUUGCCGAAACCAGUUCCCAGUCUGUACGAUUUGCAGAAGAAUGCCUCGUUGAUAUUGCUGAAUGGACAUUUUAGUUUUGAUACACCAGCAGCUUAUCUCCCUAAUGUCGUUGAAAUUGGUGGAGUGCAUCUGACUAAGAGUGAUACUAAAUUACCUGAGGAUCUUCAAAAAAUAUUGGAUAACGCGAAGCACGGUGCCGUCUACAUGAACUUUGGAUCAAACGUGCGCAGUUCAGAGCUGCCAGAAGAGAAAAAGAGGGCAGUCCUCAACGUCUUCAGGAAAUUAAAGCAAACCGUUCUCUGGAAGUGGGAAGACGAUAAUUUGGAGAACAAACCUGACAACCUUAUUGUAAGAAAAUGGCUGCCGCAAAAAGAAAUAUUGUCUCAUCCGAACAUAAGGGUGUUUAUAUCCCACGGCGGCCUAAUAGGAACGCAGGAGGCUAUAUACAACGGAGUUCCAAUCAUAGGGGUUCCAAUUUACGCGGAUCAGUAUAACAAUCUGUUGCAAGCCCAGUCUUAUGGCUUUGGAAAAAUUUUGGAAUACCAUGACAUCAAUGAGGAGACUUUAUCGGAGGUGCUCCACGAAGUGCUCACAAAUGAUUCUUAUAGGAUAAAUGCUAAAGAAUUGUCAGCAAGAUUUAAGGAUAGACCAAUGGAUGCUCUGGAAACAGCAAUGUUUUGGAUUGAAUAUGUUAUAAGGAAUAAGGGAGCGCAUUACAUGAAGAAUCCUGCUUUAGAAUUAAGUUGGUUUGCGUACACCAUGAUAGAUGUAUACGCCUUUGUUUUGAGUUUAGUACUCGUUUCUGUAUAUGUGUUAUUGAAGUUAGUAAAGCUUAUCUUAAGUUUAAUGGAAUCGAAACCAAUGAAAAAGCAGAAGAAAUAUUAAUUUGAAUAUAUUAUUUUCUGAUGACUCUCAACUACUUGCAACGAUAAACUGAUUUAAAAUAUCGUUUGUGACGUCAUGAAUCAGUACAUUUAAUAUUGAGCGCUGAGGUAGCGACCUAAUACUUCUAAAUUUAAAUUCGUUAUAUUUAAAUAGUGUUUAAAUAUUCGAUAAAAUUAAAUAAAAACGUGGCUUAUAUUUUUAUAUUCUGCUGUUGGUUUUAUUGGGUUUCUUCUUGUAAAUUUAUU